UAUAAUCGAACAAAACAAAAUAAAUAACGACAUAUGUUGCUGUUUUCGUUUCCACUUUGUGUAGGCUGUGUGUGUCACAGUAGCAGCUCUUAUGCAGUAUUUCCUGAUGGCUGCUUUCUGUUGGAUGCUGGUCGAGGGAAUUUAUCUCUACCUGUUUGUUGUAAAAGUUUAUAACAUCAACACCAAGAUGCACUUGUAUCACGUCAUGUCAUGGGGUUUGCCCCUAGUUAUGGUGGUACCAUUUCAUUGUGUAUCGCUGCUGGGAAAGAAGGGAUAAAAAGCUAUACCAGUGACAAACUUUGUUGGAUGUCGUCAGAGAACAAUCUGAUUUGGAUAUUUGUCACAUUCGUGAUUACAAUUGAAGUGAUCAACUUGGUUAUACUCGUACGAGUCAUUAAGGAGAUGACCAGUAUGCAGCCAACAGGAGACAAGCAAAGUCAACAAAUACGAAUUGGCAUUAGAGCAUGCGUGGUGAUGAUUCCCCUUCUGGGUGUCACGUGGCUAUUUGGUCUUUUGUCGCCAUUACACAUAGCUUUUUCCUACAUUUUUAACAUCCUCAACUCUACACAGGGUUUCCUGAUUUUCGUUCUUCACUGUUUGCGAAACAGCCAGAUUCGAGAGCGAUUCAAAAGAAAGGUGAACACCAUUUUUCCAUCUACAAACAGUGGAAACUCCACAAAGAAGAGCUCACAGAUUAAUCCACGCGAUGUUGGUGAUAUGUGGGUAGCUGAAUUGCAGUCUUGCAAUGAAUUUGACCUCAAUGAAAAACCCUCAACUUGAAGGAAUAGAUUCAACAGACCGAGUACAAAAGUCAACUGUCUCAUUGUUCGAUACGAUCAUUCUGAGCACGGUAGUUAAUCUAUAGCGACUGUUUAUUUUCGAUCUGUAAAUAAAAUGUCGGUAGUUGCGAUUACACCUUUAGCUGGGUAAAUAAAUCGUUUAUACGAUGUUAGCCACUACUGAUAUCUGGAUCAAGGAUUCUAAUUCGGUGAUAAGGCGACUUGCCAAAGUCGACAGCCUUUAACGGUUUUUUUUUUAAGCCAAGUGCUAGAAAUGUAAAUUUUUCAAAAGAAAAGUAUUUGAGGCUGGCUGUCGAUCAAGGUUAAAAUUCUUCACAGUCUUUUCUUCACAUAUUUGUGUAUCCGUUCAUCUUAUGAUUGCCCCAAACUAUUUAGUUGGAAUGUGGGGGUAAUUUGUAUGAUGCAUCAUAUCGAGGCUCAUUAUGUCUUCAAACAGUGCUCUGUUUAACUUUGAUUAUGAUACGCAUUUUAUUGUCUCGUCUUUGAAUUCUAUUAUGCAAUUUUUUUGCUUAUAUUUAACAAAUGGUAGACACCACAGCG